CUCUUCGUCGCUGCCUCGCUCCCUCUCUCUCUCUCUCUCUCUGUCUCUCCUGCUCUGCUCUCUGGCCUUCCAUCCAAAAAUGUCGCCUUUCCCCUCAAAAACGGCUACUUUCUCCUUGUUCUUUAUCUUCGUCUUCGCCUUGUCUUCGUUUUCUUCCUCGCAGCCCACCUCGCCCGACGUCCUCCUCCUCCUCAAUACCAUCAGGCCGGCGCUUGAAGGCGCUGCGGCGGCCAACGCAGAGCUCUCUUCCUGGAACACCUCGCUCCCCCUUUGCCUCUGGCGCGGCCUCCGGUGGUCUGCCGGCGGAUCCGCUGCAUCCGCCCUUCGUUGCGACAACGACUCCGCCCUCCGCUCCAACCUCUCCCUCUCCUUAGAACCCUCGCUUCGCCUCCUCUCCAUCCGCCUUCCUGCCGCAGCCCUCGCCGGGUCUCUACCUCCGGAGCUCGGCCAGUUCUCUUUCCUCGAGGCUCUCUACCUCGGCGUCAACUCGCUCAAGGGGACCAUCCCCCUCGAGCUCGGGAACGCGCCGGCCCUCGCUGAGCUCGACCUCGCCGAGAAUGCUCUCGACGGCGCACUGCCGCCUUCUAUCUGGAACCUCUGCGGGCGCCUCAUUUUGCUCCGCGUCCAUGGGAAUAACCUCUCCGGGAACGUUCCUGACCCUGCGGAUCCUAGCGAGACCUGCGCCAGGCUAAGGGUUCUUGACUUGGGACGCAACCGCUUCCAGGGACCCUUUCCUGAGUUCAUCGGCGGGUUCCGUGAGCUGACGGAUCUCGACCUCAGCAGCAACAACUUCUCCGGUUCAAUCCCAGACUCGAUCGGGGGGUUCAGGAACCUGCAAAGGCUGAAUCUUACUUACAACAACUUCACCGGGCCACUUCCGGCGUCAUUCCAGGACUCGCGGUUCACGGCGGAGGCCUUCCAGGGGAACAACCCGGGGCUCUGUGGCCGGCCACUGGACAGAUGCGGGUCGAGUCCCGGCCUUAGCUCCGGCGCUAUUGCGGGCAUCGUGAUCGGUUUACUGGCCGGUGCGGUGGUCCUUGCGUCGGUGUCCAUUGGAUGGGUGCAGGGAAGAAAUAGAAGAAACAGGGCAAGGCAGACGGAAGAAGAGGAGGAAAUCGUCUUCGAGGAAGACGGGAACAGCGGAGACGGGAGGUUGAUGCUGUUCCAGGGCGGCGAGCACCUUACGCUCAACGACGUGCUGAACGCCACCGGGCAGGUGAUGGAAAAGACAAGCUACGGGACGGUCUACAAAGCGAAGCUCACGGACGGCGGCAACAUCACUCUUCGGCUACUGCGGGAAGGAACCUGCAAGGAUCAAGCUGAGUGCUUGCCGGUUGUGCGGCAGCUCGCCCGAGUCCGGCACGAGAACUUGGUGGCGCUGCGAGCGUUCUACCAGGGGAAUCGAGGGGAGAAGCUCCUCGUCGGAGACUACCACCCCAAUCGAACCCUCCAUGACCUUCUUCACGACACAAGAGCAGGUAAGCCGCUGCUGAACUGGACUCGCCGGCACAAGAUCGCCGUGGGAGUGGCACGUGGGCUGGCGCACCUCCACGCGGGGCUGGAGACGCCGGUGACGCACGGCAACGUGCGGUCGAAGAACGUGCUGGUGGACGAGUUCUUCGUGCCGCGGCUGACGGAGUUCGGGAUCGACAAGCUUCUGGUCGCAGCAGUGGCGGACGAGAUGGUGUCGGCGGCGAAGGCGGACGGGUACAAGGCGCCGGAGCUGCAGAGGAUGAAGAAGUGCAACGCGAGGACGGACGUGUAUUCCUUCGGGAUACUGCUACUGGAGAUCCUGCUCGGGAAGAAGCCCGGGAAGGGGACGGGCAAGGAGGGCGACGGGGCGGACCUGCCGGCGGUGGUGAAGGCGGCGGUGCUGGAGGAGGCGACGAUGGAGGUGUUCGACAUGGAGGUGAUGAAGGGGGUGAAGAGCCCGAUGGAGGAGGGGCUGGUGCAGGCGCUGAAGCUGGCGAUGGGAUGCUGCGCACCGGUGGCGGCAGUGCGGCCGGACAUGAGCGAGGUGGUGAAGCAGCUGGAGGAGAACAGGCCGAGGAACAGGUCGGCGCUUUACACGCCCACCGACAGGAGCGAGAUAGGGACGCCAUUUUAACGCCAUUAACAACCGGAACUUGCUUCUGGAGAUACAAACUCUGUAAUUGUGCCACAUCCGUUGAAAAUCUUUGAACUGCAAUCUUAAUUUCAUGAAACAAACGAUAGAACAUUUUGGUUUCGAUGUGACACAAUUGGAACGGGAAUUUGAUGCUA